UAAUCAUUGCAAUGUGUGAUUUCUAAAGAAAGUUGAAGAAUUUGUUUUCUCUCUGAUUUUUUUUUCCUCCUUUAUCUUUUAUAAUUAGGAAUUCUGUCAUUAACCAAAUCCUAUUGGCUUUCUCCAAGUAUUUUCCCUUGCCAUCAAAGCUGGAAAUUGUCCUUUCAUCAUUUGAAGAAAUACAGUUUUUGUUCAGAAGGCUCCUAUUAUAGAGAAUAAGUAGAAGAUUGGGGGGUUCAGAAAGAGGAGCUCUUCAGGGAGAGCUUAGAGAACUUGAGGUAUUCUUCACUAGGAACUGAUAUUUUUUUUCUUCUAAAUAGUAUACUUGAAAGAAGUGACUAAGUCCAUGCAGCUGAGAAUUGGUUUGUUCUGGUGACGAUUUGCUACCCGGUAUCAUUUAAGGUUCUGGUUAAACGGCAAAUCUUCUAUCAGUGUGUCCCAGAAGGUAUGGCAGUACUCUGGAAUAAUGAGUUUCCUGUCUGUGAACGUGAGUAGAAAACAAAAAUAAUCAAGUUUGGAUCUUGCCCUAUGAUUUUUGGUGUGUUGCCAUGAAUUUAUCGAUUGUAACGCCUUGUCCGUGUAUGUGCUUUGGAUUCUAGCAUGUAUGUUCUAUAUGUUCUAGAAUGCAGACUAAAAGUGUUAGCUGUAUUUUUUCAAUUGAUUAAACAUUUUAUUGAGUGUUCUAUAUAUGUGGAGAUAAAAGUUCUCAAAAGUCACCGCUACUGAGUAUAGCACUGUGUUAAAAUGGUAUGGCUGUCUUUUUAUGCCAAUUCUUAUGUGGAAGAGCUCAUCUUGUGCCUAAUGGAAAUUAACCAGAAGUUCCAGAGGUUGGCAGUUUUCUCUUUACUCUGAAAUUCACUCAGGAAAGGUGUGACUAUACCAAAGCAGCUAUAAGCAGUGAAUAUCACACAUGCCUAUUAGGACAAGUAAAUAAAGAAUAUGAGGUCAUCGUGCAAAACUACUUCCUGUGGCUUUUCCAAGGGGUCCAGCAUCAAGGGAGGAGAAGUGACCUACAAUGAGGCUACAGUAUCUUUAGUGGCAGGACAGAAUGUGGUCACACUGCCUGUAACCCCAGAUGGCUGUCUGAACCAGGCAUUGAAUAACAACUGUUUUCCAGGGAUUUCUUGUGGUCCUCCGUCUGUUGUAGAAAAUGCUAGAAAAUUUUAUCUUUCUGGCCCCAUUGCUGUUGGCAGCGUGAUAAGAUACAGUUGUUUGCCUAACUUCCGCCUCAUUGGAGACAAAAUUCUUCGUUGCAUUAGUAAAGACAACUUGACUGCAGUCUGGGAUAAAGCUACUCCAAGAUGUGAAUUUCACAAUAAAUAUUCUAUUUGCUCUGAGCCCAGAGUACCAGGGGGAUACAGAAAUAAGGAAUCUAGACCACCGUACAGACAUGGUGAUUCUGUGACAUUUACGUGUAAUACCAACUUCACCAUGAAAGGAAACAAAUCUGUUUGGUGCCAAGGAAAUGGAACAUGGGGACCUACACCAUUACCAACCUGUGAGAGUGAUUACCCCCUGGAGUGUCCGCCACUUCCCAAGAUCGCCAAUGGCCAUCACACGGGUGAGAAUGGAGGCCCCCUUGCCCCAGGAUUAUCUGUGACUUAUAGCUGUGACCGUGGAUACUUACUUCGUGGAGAGAAGACCAUCACCUGUUUGUCUUCAGGAGACUGGAGUGCUCUGAGUCCCACAUGUAAAGAAGCACAGUGUCAAUCUCCAGGACGAAUUCCCAAUGGGCAGGUAAAGGUCCCCACAAGUCUUCAGGUUGGCGUAACUGUGAACUAUUCCUGUAACGAAGGGUAUCGACUCCGAGGCCAGCCUUCUAGUCAGUGUGUAAUUGCUGGGCAGCAUGCUGUUUGGACCAAGAUACCAGUAUGUGAAGUAAUUCUUUGCCCACCACCUCCUGCUAUUCACAAUGGAAGACAUACAGGCAGCUCUUCCGAGCCUGUUCGAUAUGGAAGCACAGUCAUUUAUACUUGUGACCCAGACCCAGAGAAAGGAGUUACCUUCAUCCUUAUUGGGAAUAACACUAUCCACUGUACAAGUGAUAGUCAGAGGACUGGGAUCUGGAGUGACUCUGGCCCACGCUGUGAACUUUCUACUUCUGCUGUUCGGUGCCCACAUCCUCAAGUCCUAAAUGGAUAUACAUUAUCUGUGCAAAAGAAGGAAUAUGCCUAUAAUGACAGUGUGACGUUUGCUUGUGUGUCUGGUUUCACCUUGAACGGCAGAAAUCGAGCCCGAUGUAAUGCUCAAGGCAUGUGGGAUCCAUCAGUACCAGUCUGUGAAAAGGAGUGCCAGGCCCCUCCUAAAAUCCUCAACGGGCAAAACAAAGAUAGACACAUAGUCCGCUUUGACCCUGGAACAUCCGUAAAAUACAGCUGUGACCCUGGCUACGUGCUGGUGGGAGAAGAAUACAUACGUUGUACUUCAGAGGGGGUGUGGAAACCCAAAGCCCCCCAGUGCAAAGUGGCAGAGUGUGAACCUAUAGGAACAGAACUCUUUAAAAAACCCCAGGAUCAUUUUAUUCGACAAGAUGUUAACUCUUCCUGUGAUGAAGGGUACCGGCUGGGCGAGAGUGUUUAUCAGCAGUGUCAAGGCACAGUUCCUUGGUUUAUGGAAAUUCGCCUCUGUAAAGAAAUCACAUGCCCACCACCUCCUGUUGUCUACAAUGGGAUACACUCAGGAAGUUCCUUGGAGUACGUUCCAUACGGAACCACCGUCACUUACACGUGUAACCCAGGGCCAGAGAGAGGAGUGAAAUUCAACCUCGUUGGGGAGAGCACCAUCCAUUGUAUAAGCAAUGACCAAGAGACAGGCAGCUGGAGUGGCCCUGCUCCUCUCUGUGAACUUUCCACCCCCUACGUUCAGUGCUCAGAUGCCCACGUUGCAAAUGGGAGCAAGGUAUUUGGCAAGGAAGCCCCAUAUUUCUACAACGACAGUGUGACAUUCAAGUGUCAUGAUGGAUUUAAUCUGAAGGGCAGCGGUCAGAUUCGUUGCAUAGCCAAUAACACCUGGGAACCUGAAAUACCAGUUUGUGAAAAAGACUGCCAGCCACCUUCUGGAAUCCUCCAUGGUCAGCAUACAGGUGGGAAUAGGGCCCUCUUUGUCUCUGGGAUGACUGUCGACUACACCUGUGACUCCGGCUACUUGCUUGUGGGAAACAAAUCCAUUCACUGCAUGCCUUCAGGACUGUGGAGUCCUGCCCCACGAUGCGAAGGUACUGUCAGUCCCAGGGUUAUUUUUCCCUUUGAUAAUGAGAUCUCUGUAAGUAAUUCCAACUUUGCUCCUCUAGAAGGAUCAUGUAAGCCUGUGAAAGAUACACAAGAGAUUCCAUAUGAGGCACGUGUGGUAACAUUUAAUGUAUCCUGCCAAGCUGGGUACCGAUUGACUGGAUUUUCUUAUCAGAAGUGUCAAGAUGCUGAGAAUGGGGUUUGGUUCCAAAGGUUUUCACUUUGUAAAGUUAUUCACUGUCCACCUCCACCAAUAAUUGCAAAUGGGAGGCUCACAGGCGUGACAGGAAAACACUUUCUAUACGGAAAUGAAGUUUCUUAUGAAUGUGGCCAAGGAUUCCAACUUCUGGGAGAGAAAACUAUACAAUGCCUGAGUGAUGCUGAAGGACACGGAGUUUGGAAUGGGCCUCCCCCAGAGUGCUUCCAAUCUCUUCCUGUGACUCACUGCCCUAGCCCAGAAGUAAAACAUGGAUAUACGCUAAAUAAAACUCUUUCUUCAUAUUUCCACAAUGACAUAGUAUAUGUCGCCUGCAAUACUGGCUUCAUCAUGAACGGCAGUCACUCGAUUAGAUGUCAUUCCAGUAACACAUGGGUUCCAGGUAUACCAACUUGUAUCAGAAAAGCUUUCCUAGGGUGUGAACCUCCACCUAAGAUCCCCAAUGGGUGGCACACUGGUGAAGAUACAGCUCGAUUUCCGCCUGGAGUGUCAAUCCUGUAUAGCUGUGACCCAGGCUACCUGCUGGUGGGAGAGGAACUCCUCAUUUGUACACAUGAAAGAACCUGGAGCCAACCUGUCCCCUUUUGUAAAGAGGUCAACUGUAGCUUCCCAGAAUAUAUUAGUGGCAUGCAAAAGGGGGUGGAGCCCGGGAAGAUGUAUCACUAUGGAGCUACUGUAACUGUGGAGUGUGAAGACGGAUAUACCCUGGAAGGCAGUCCUCAGAGCCAGUGCCAGGAGGAUCACAGAUGGAACCCCCCGCUGGCUGUUUGCAAAUCCCGCUCACUUGCUCCUCUCAUUUGUGGUAUUUCCACAGGUUUAGUAUUUCUUGUCAUCUUGGUUGCUGUCACUUUAUACAUGAUAUUAAAAGACAAAAGGGUCGCUAUGAGUCGGAAUCGACUCGAUGGCACUGAGGGCACUUAUUAUACAAAUAUGACCCCUAAAGAUGGAGUUCUUCCCGUAGAAACACGAGAAGUAUAUUCUAUUGAUCCAUACAGCCCAGCAAGCUAAUCAGAAGACAAACUGGAUGCCUUGUUGCUUGGAAUCCAACUGAACAUUGGAAAGAAACCACUCCAGUAUCAGCAAGUCUCUUGGCAUGGUCUUAGCAUCAAUGAGAUUGUUUCAUAAGCUAUAACUUCCUAUAUGCACUUAUUCUCAAGCAGAACAAAGAAAGUUUGCUUGAUGGUAAAGAUGAGAGCCCAGUGUCACUGCCACUUGCUCUUCAGAGACUUUUGGAAGCCUCACCUGUGAUGUGCCUGGACCAGGCUCUGGCUGUAAACAACUGUACCAUCUUCUGAGGAAGGCCCUGAGCAGAGCUGUCCUCAUCAUCUCCUGCCCUUGUAUCUAGCCCCAUCUUCUUGUUACCCGCAUGCUGUUACCGCACAUUUUGUGUUAUAAUAUGGUUUUAAUAAUUUAAACAAAAUAUGAAACAUUUCCUGUGAUUUUGAUGGGUGUAUCUUUGUUGGGAACUCUGCCUUCAUUCUAAUAUAACUUCCUUCUCUGAUACGACUAUUCCACUUUUAUCCUCACUUGGUGUGAGUUUUUCUCAGAAUAUAUGCUUUGCCUUUCCAUAAUCAUGCAGUAUUUGCACAAGGGUUUUGAAAUUACGGGAGUCAAGUUUUAAUUCAACAGUUUUGGAGUAUAAUUCAAGCUUUGGAUAUUUUUGGCAGUUUUGUCAAAUGCUUGUAAAAUGUCAUUUAACAAUGUGUAUAUUAACCAUUCAAAUAAAUUUUAGCCUAAGUAAAAACACUUGCCUUAUA